AUUACAGAAAUGGCUGGGCAUGUGAAUGGAACAUGUGCUCCAGUGAUUCCAAAGGUUGGUGAUGAGGAAGACGGUGUCGGGCAGUUGGUGGCAAAUCUGAAAGAGAAGGGAACAAAUUUUGUUCUUUUGAAGAAGACUCCACAGAUACUUGAAUUGCAGACAAUUUUGAAAGAUAGAUCAACAAAUCACUCGGAUUUCGUAUUCAACGCGGAUCGUCUGAUGCGGCUUGUAAUUGAAGAAUGUCUCAAUCAUCUUCCAUUCACUGAGCACACAGUUACCACACCAACAGGCUUCAAAUAUGAAGGAAUUCAAUUUAAUCGUGGAAAUUGUGGAGUAUCGUUGUGUAGAAGUGGAGAGGCGAUGGAAGUUUCAUUGAGACAGUGUUGUCGGUGUAUUCGAAUUGGAAAAAUUCUGAUUGGCGACGAACAAAAAGUGCUCUACGCCAGGCUUCUUCCGGAUAUCACGUCGCGUCGAGUUCUACUGCUCUACCCAACGAUAGGAUCUGGGACGACAGUUUGCAAGGCAAUUGAAGUCCUAAAAGAGGCACGUGUCCCAGAUGAGAAUAUCUACUUGGUUUCCCUAUUCAUCUCACCGACUGGACUCAAGAAUAUAACCAGAAAGUACCCGUAUAUCACUGUCGUCGCCUCCGAUAUCACAUCUCUCUAUCCAAAUCAUUUCUCAACCAGCUAUUUUGGUGCUGUCUAGACUAGUUUUGUGUAGUUUGUAGCCUUUUGACACUACAAACUACAUCGUUUCCGUUUCAAAUGCAGUAUUUUUAUUCACUUUUCUCACUUGAUCAUCUCUUCAUUUCUCGUUAUUGGUUUGUAGUUUGUAGUUAUUGUAGUCUUCUUUUUUACUUUUUCACUGUUGAUUUCCCCUAUUUUUUUUUGACAAAAUGUUCAUUGAAUUUCCGCAUAACUAAAUUCUUUUGUGUUGUUUUCGGUUCAUUAAACAUUAUUUUAAGAUGCAAUGACUACGGUAGUCAUUUUCUGAGUACAUGGUGUGCGUACAGGGCGCUAUAUUUUACGCGCAAAGUUGAGAGUGAGAUUUUUCCUCAUUUUUUGGAUUUUCACUGCAAAUUUAAGAAAUUUUACGAAAAUAAACGUUUUAUUUC